ACAGUGAAUUGGAAGUAGAGGUCCAUGCAAAGUUUUUAGAGGCGACCGCUGCUAAUAAUAAGUUUGACGAGACUAUGCACAACCUACUUAAAACUGUUGAGCGUUUUUCUGAACUUCACGUUACUCAUGAAUAUACUGAGGAUCUCGAUUUAUACUUGUUAUCAGAAAAAGACAAUUUGGCAGUGCUCGAAGAAUACAAAAACGAUAUGUUUCUUACAAACGAGAUUUCAGAGAAGACCUCUCUUGAUUCUCUCUUUCUGCCCAGCGAAAAAAGUUGUCAGUGUUCGAAUAUAAGUUCUACUUCUCAGCGGUUUUAUGAUCUUCAAGCCAAACAAUUGGAUCUUUUAUGUUUUAGACACGCAGCUGCUGAAAAAAUUUUACUGCAAAAACAAGAACAGCUUGUAAUUUUAUCAGUGUUAAAGGAGGAAUUAUCAAGAUUUUCUUGUUCCACGAAGGAUUUAGAUCCUUUAUUUAAAAAUUUUACUAUUGAAGGUUUUCCUGAAUCCAAGAAGCACUUAAAAAUUCUGUACAACCAGCAGAAAGAGCUAUUUCCUUUGUUAAGCCUUCCGUACGUCGUCGCUGAUCAGCAGUUGAAGCUCGACUAUCAAAUAAAAGUUAAGGCGGCCGUAGAAGUUUUGCUAUCCGCUUUGAAAAGGCGACUCGCUCGAGAACAGCUGUUACGCCUUUUCCUCCACUCUGAAUUUCAUUCCGUGCAGACUAUCGAGCGGUAUCUUCGCGGGCUCGUCCAAAGUUUAACGGCGUGGCACGAAGCCCUUGUCAAACGCAUGGAUUCCAUAAAUUCUUUUCACUUCGCGAGGAAUUCUUCGUUUUUCGACUCCGAAGUGCUGGAAAGUGAUCUGGGUCAACUGGUGGAGACUGUAGCGGUCGACUUGGAUAUGACGGAGAAUGUUCGUUCGUCUAUCAAAGAUCUCGAAACACGCCACGCUCUCUCUUCUUCAGUGCUUUGUCGACUUCUUAGGCCAGUGAAGGAGGCAGUGAGUUUAUAUAAAACAGAAACAAACAGUUUUAGUAUUGUUCCACACACGCUCCAUGUUAAUCUCCGUCGCGCGCAGGAACUUUUGGCAUCUCUGGAGCGUCAUAUUUGUGCCCUUCAGCAAAGUACGACACGUUUUCAGAAGAACCAGGAACUAAACCAGUUGAAGGCCUUUUACUUGCAUCCGGACUUCAAUGUGUCUUCUCCCAUCCCCCGUUUUUAAUAUGCUGCGAAAGUUAUACAAAUAAAUCACUGCCUUUUUUU